GCAUCUAGUCUGCCGGAAAGCCACAGGAKGAAGAAGUUGUAUGCGGGGUAUUGUGAGUGGUCUGUAGCUUUCUAGCUGAAUGACUGGAUAAAUGGACAAUAAUGAUGGGAUGGAGGUGGAGGGCUGGGACUCUGGUCUGGAGGAGGAACUGGGUGUGUCUCUGGAGGAGCUGAGUAAGUGGAUUGAGGAGGAGGUGGAGAGGAGCGAGGCAGUCCGCCAGAGGAAGGCCCAGCUGGCUGAGCUCAAAGAAUGGGUGGAGCAGAAAGAGAAGGAAGAGGAGGUGGUGGACAAACUCUUCAACAAUGCCAACCAGUCCAUAGUGGAGUGUGAGGCUCUGGUGAAGUCCACCUACAGUAAAAUGGGUCUGGUCUACAAGGAGAGCUCUUCAGAGGAUGAGGGUGGAGUGGGAGGGGUUCAGUCCUCUGAUGUCAUAGAAAUUGARGAUGAUGAUGACGAUGAUGAUGUCAUCGCUGUGGGCUUACUGGUUCCACCCAAGAAACCUGGGAUACCUGUCCAGGAUGCAAUGUUUAAGGAGGCGUCUGCAGCUCUCCAGCGUUCCUCCCAGCAGGUGUUGAAGCUGGCCCAGACAGUCAACAAGAACUCUUCUUCUGGGCCUGCUAUACAACAGCCAGGUGGCCCAGUGCCCAUGCCAGCAGUGUUUGUGUCCCAGGCCACGCCCAGGAACACACCCACCCAGCCUAACCCCUCCCUGAAGGAUGAUGAAAUCAGACUGGAGAUGAGUCUUCUGGGAAAGAAACGCACCAAGACCUGGCACAGCGGAAUGCUCAUCGCCAUCAACCCUGUCGGUAAUGGUUACAGUAAGUACAAGGUGAAGUUUGAGAACAAGGGGAAGAGUCUACUGUCUGGGAACCACAUAGCGUUUCACUAUCACCCCACCCUGGAGAGGCUGUACGUGGGAGCCAGGGUGGUCGCCAAGUACAAGGACGGCAACCAGGUCUGGCUCUACGCUGGCAUCGUGGCAGAGAUGCCCAACAACAAGAACCGCAUGAGGUUCCUGAUCUUCUUUGACGACGGUUAUGCCUCCUACGUGACCCUGCCUGAGCUCUACCCUGUCUGCAGACCAAUGAAGCGUACAUGGGAGGACAUAGAGGAUGCAUCGUGUAAAGACUUCAUAGAGGAGUAUAUAACGUCAUACCCCAACAGGCCCAUGGUGCUGCUGAAGGCAGGCCAGGUCAUCAAGACAGAGUGGGAGGGGACGUGGUGGAGGAGCAGAGUGGAGGAGGUGGACGGCAGCCUCGUCAAGAUCCUCUUCCUGGAUGACAAGCGUAGUGAGUGGAUCUACCGCGGUUCAACCAGGCUGGAGCCCAUGUUCAACCUGAAGACUAACUGUGCCAACACCCAGGAGAAGAAGAUGGCUGGCCAGCAGAGGACACGCCCCAGCAUGGGAGCAUUGAGGACCAAGGGCCCCGUGGUCCAGUAUCACAGUGGGGGGAACACCACAACCCCCGGCGGGACCCCCACUAAAUCCCCCCAUCCCCUCUCCCCACCCUCCUCCAUCCCUCCUACACCCUCCCAGCCCAAUCAGCUUGCACGAACAGAUCCUAAGUAUCAGAUGGCUAAGAAGAGUACUUCUCCAUACAUUCCCACGCCAGGAGGCUCUCGCACUGGAUUGGCCAGUAAUAGCCACGCCCCUAAAGCCAUGCAGCCCCAACCUUCAACUGGUUCUCCUGGAAACUCAUCCAGAAUGUAUGUCCUUCAGACUGGCAACAUCCAGACUCUCACGUCCCUACAGCCUAUCCAACACCAGCAGCAGUCUCUGCCCCCUCCUCCCCAAGCCCCUCCCACCGCCCCCGCACCUGCAGUGACCCCAUACACCUUCAGUAACGACCGGAUUCCCCACGAGCCCUCGUACCGCGCCCCCACAGACCGCAUCUUCUACCUGCCUCACACCUGCCAGCAUGCUUGUCUCAACCGUAUCCGGCCCUCCAGACCAGAUAUGCACCGGGGCAGGAACCCCCUGCUCACCCCUCUACUCUACGAGUUCAGACGCAUGACGGGGCGACGGAGAGUCAACCGCAAGAUGUCGUUCCAUGUGAUCUACAAGUCUCCUUGUGGGCUGUGUCUGCGCAGCAUGGCGGAGAUCCAGCGCUACCUGUUCCAGACGCACUGUGACUUCAUCUUCCUGGAGAUGUUCUGCUUGGACCCCUAUGUCCUGGUCGACCGGCGCUUCCAGCCCCAGAAGCCUUACUACUACAUUCGAGACAUCACCAACGGCCGCGAGGACAUUCCCCUGUCCUGCGUCAACGAGAUCGACAUCACACCGCCCCCCGACGUGGCCUACAGUAAGGAGCGUAUCCCUGAAGAUGGAGUGUUCAUCAACACCAGUCCAGAGUUCCUGGUGGGCUGUGACUGUAUCGACGGCUGCAGGGACAAGUCCAAGUGUUGGUGUCACCAGCUGACCCUGCAGGCCACAGCCUGUACCCCUGGAGCACAGAUCAACCACACAGCUGGAUACACACAGAAGAGACUGGAGGAGUGUUUGCCCACCGGGAUUUAUGAGUGUAAUAAGCGUUGUAAGUGCUGCAGUCAGAUGUGUACUAACCGUCUGGUGCAGCACGGUCUGCAGGUGAGGCUGCAGCUCUUUAAGACCCAGAACAAAGGCUGGGGCAUCCGCUGUCUGGACGACGUGGCCAAGGGAUCCUUCGUCUGUAUCUACGCAGGUAAGAUUCUGACAGAUGACUUUGCGGACAAGGAGGGACUGGAGAUGGGUGAUGAGUACUUUGCUAACCUGGACCACAUAGAGAGUGUGGAGAACUUCAAGGAAGGGUAUGAGAGUGAGGCCCACUGUUCAGACAGUGACGGGAGCGGGGUGGACAUGUCCAGGCUGAAGAACCCCCCCUCGUCCUCCCUGGCUUUGCAGAACAAGACCCUUCCCAAACCCCCCCAGAGAACCAAUGCUGCCAACCCUGCUGGCAAAGCGCGGGGUGCUGGUGGCGACUCCUCUAAGGAUGGGGAUAGUGAUGAAGAGUCGAACAACGACAAAAGUUCAGACGACACGUUUGUAAAGGACCCCUACUACAGCUCCAGCUCUGUGUGGAGGAGCUACACCACCCGUCGCCAGGCCAAGGGCGUCAAGGAAGGGAGCCAGGACAGUAAGGAUGGGAUGAGUGUGUCAGUGGGGGGAAAGGAGGACAGGAAGCCGCCCCCCAUGCCAGAGGAGAGUGGGAAGAGUAAAGUAGCGUCCUGGCUCACCAACCAACCCUCUACCUCCCAGGCCACCGUUAAGAUGGAGGGACUGAAGAUAGAGAAGAAGGAGCCCGGAGACCAGAAAAGUCAACAAUCAGUGAAGACGGAGGGAGGGAAGAGGCAGGAUGUGAUGACGCUGUCGGACAGUGAUGACGUCCAGACCAUCAGCUCUGGAUCUGACGACAACAAAUGGGAGGAGGAAAUUGGAGGGGGAGGAACAAUGGGAGAAGGGGGAGAGGUAGGGGUUGAGGGGGCAGGGGGGAAGAAGAAGAAUGGGGGGAGGGGAAAACAGGUGAGGAGAGGGGGAAGUUGGGGCUGUGGGUUCAUAGAUCUCUGUGUUUUAUCAGGUAUUACCAGACCUGUUCAUGUGGUGCUUCUCCCUGAAUUGACCCUUUCUCUUCUCCCCUUCAUCCUCCUCUCCUCCCUCUCCUUGCCUCCUGUCUCAGGUGCGGUGAAGAGGCAGGUGGCUGUGAAGUCCACGCGAGGCAUUGCUCUAAAGAACUCCCAUGGCCUGAUGGUGAAGACUGGAGGGGCUGGGAUGGGGCCAGGGGGAGGCCCGGGGGGCCACGGAGGGGCACAGGGUAAGGGUGGGGACGGGGGAGACAGUGGACCUAAAAACACACGGCAGUUCUUCGAUGGGGAGGAGUCCUGCUACAUCAUCGACGCCAAGCUGGAGGGCAACCUGGGACGCUACCUCAACCACAGCUGCAGUGCCAACCUGUUUGUCCAGAAUGUGUUUGUAGACACACACGAUCUGCGUUUCCCCUGGGUAGCCUUCUUCGCCAGCAAGCGUAUCAGGGCGGGGACAGAGUUGACAUGGGACUAUAACUACGAGGUUGGCAGUGUGGAGGGAAAGGAGCUACUGUGCUGCUGUGGCUCAACAGAGUGCAGAGGAAGACUGCUAUAAGAGACCACCCUCUAUACCUCCAUCUCAUCCCUCUAUUUCUUCAUCUUAUCUCGGAGUGCAGAGGGAGUUCUGCUGGAAAAGACCUGUCUAACUCCGUCUCCUCUCUGUGUGUAGAAGAAGCCUGCUGUAAGGACACACUAUGCUAACCUCCCUUACUAUGUCAUUAGAGAAGAUGGGACACCUGCACCCACACGAGUCUCUGUCCACGUUUCUCUUUUGUUCCUCCCCCUCUAUCUUUUAUUCUGAAUUGUUUGGCUGCCUAUUGCUGACGUUUUGUAAUUCUUUACUGUUUUGUCUGUAUGCCCAGUUGUCUGUAUGCCCAGUUGUCUGUAUGCCCAGUUGUAUUUGACUGUCUGUGAAUUCAGACCAAACUGCCCUUCUCACAACUGAAUAAAAUCCUGUUUUCCACACA